AUGGACGAGGUCGGACUGCUUUGCACCUGGCUGCUUGUCUAUGGAUCAGCAGCCUGGUUCUUGAACACUCCCAGUCUCCAAGAGGCCUAUGCCAAUUGUCUGCCCUUUUUCGGGCUGGAUCACCGCCUACAGCGAAAAGUGUGGCAGCACCGGCAGAAGUUCACACCCACCUGGAUUGUGGUCUUUCUCAAAACCUUUGAGGUUUACAAUUUGAUCUAUUUGUUGCUGCGGCUUUGCUUCCCGGCUGGGUGGUCCACGCCUAUGUCGCAAGACUGGCAGCUCUGUCCGAACCUUUUGGGGCUGAUCUUCAUCCGAUGGUCCUGCCAGCCAGCCGCGCAAGCGCCGCAAGCCUGCUUGUGGAUACAAAGACUCAACUCGAGCUUUUCAGUCUUUUAUUCACUCAUGUGUCAAGUCCACUACCCCCACGAGCUCCAGCAUGGUCUCUCCCUCAUUUGCCUGGCAGUACAUCUCUUCAUUGGCGAUCCCUGGUUUGGCCUCGCCCUACGAGUUGCGAUGAUGCCUUUGGGUGUAGGGCUGCGGAUGGGCGGAUGGAUGAGGGGCUCCAAGGAGCAGUCCUUGGAGGUUAUACUCUUCUUGAUGAAUGAAGCGAUGUCUUGCUUUUUCUUCCUAUUGAUUUUAAAGUAUUUGGAGUUCUUGUUGGGCCAGCUCCAGAAGACAGCCACAGAUUUAGAAGAGCAGAUGGAGCGGAGGGAACAAGACACCCGAGAGACCCAGGAGACGCUAUUGGCAGCUCGACGUCUGUUGUCCGUGACCUGCGACUGCUGUGAGCAGCUCACGGAGACGUGGGAGAUUUUGGAGCCAUCACAGAGCAUCUUGGCCUUGCUGCAAAUCCGGAAUCCAGAGGAAGACUUGCCCACGAAGAUGGACGCCAGAUCACCGACCUUGCCAUUACUACCCUUCAUUUGGAAAGAAGAUCAGGAGAGGUUUGCCCUAUUCUUGGCUUGCAGCUCUCAAGCUCCAUCCUCACUCCACCUUCGCAUGAAGACUUGUCAUGGCCAUUCCUUUGAGGCACAACUCUUUCAUGUGGACGUGCCAGGAGGUCUCAUUGGCACUACAAGACACCUCAUUGGGAUGAGUCGACUAGAGGGUGAGAUGCACCGCAUCCCUGAGCAUUGCCCCUUGGUCGCUUCUCCUUUCCUGGAACGCAGCAGCUUCGCUGCUUCCGACUCCCGCAGCCAAAGCCACUCGCACUCGUCCCGCGAGCGACGCGUGCGCCGCGGCGACGGGCGCGACUCUUCGAGUGGCAGGAGCUUCGAGCAGUCGCCGGUUCGGCCAGAGCAGCGGCCUGGCGAGACCUGGCGUGCCGCAGACGUGGAUCGGUUCCUCAAGCAGAUCGACUACAUCUCCUUGCAGCUUCACGAGCCGUGUACCACCGGGGGCUUUCCCGUGCGCAGCGUGCAGCUGAUUUUUCGUGACCCACCUCGAGCCAUGGACCUGAAGAACUGGGUGGCCCGGAAGUCCCGGAGGCACCUGGAGCAAGUCCUCCAAGGCUUCGGUCCUUCGUCACGAGCGACGGAGUUCCGCGUGCCGGGCCUACCCAAGAUGCGCUUCGAGGCACAAGAGCUCCAGAUCCAUCAUCCAUGCCGCUCGGCAGAAUUGACGGGUCCGCUUUCAAUAACGCUCGACAUAAAGAGUUUGAAGUUUCUCUAG